AUGAGCGACAAGAAAGCUGCGCAGGAGGCCUUUGCCGACAAGUUCAAUGCAACGCCGGCAGACUGCAGUGAGGCGGACCGCUUCCGGGACGCGGACGAUCGCCUCAAGGGCUCGAGCGCCGUGUCCUUGCAGGCCUUAGCCUUCUUCGAUGCGGAGACGGUGCCGGACGCGGUCAAGGCAACCAUGGAAGCGUGGUGUCUCCUGCAUGGGAAGGAGAUGAGCUUUGAGCAAUGUCUCAAGAUGGUGAGAGAGGAGCCCGCUGAUUUCAAGUUGGUUGGCAUGAGCGACCUGAGCUACAUGAAGCCAGAGGAAAUUGAUGACCUCGAGAAGCACGUGGCCGGUCUCGAACUGGAGUGUGCUGAUGAAGCCACGGAGGUGGCGAAGAUGAUGCUUGAGUGGCUGCAGGCCGCGCUGGGGCUGCACCGCUGGGCACAGCAGAAGAGAGAGUUGAAGGAGAGAGGUUUUCAGAUUCUACUUAGCCUGUCCCGAUUUCCGCGAGCUCAGCGAACAGCGACUCCCGCGAUGGACUUUGACGACCUUGAUGAAGCGAUUGAACAGAGGAUUGCGGAGGGCGACACCGAUGCCUUGGCGAACCUCAGUGGCGUCACGAUGCAGAAGAAAAGCCUGAAGGUGCGGACUGUGACACGAAGGACGGACAAGAAGGACGAGCCGUCGGGGUCUCUGGUAGUUCGCUUCAAGCCCAAUCAAGGGCUACAGAUGCAACCAGAGUUGUGCAAGCAGACCAGCCCACUACCCCAGCCACAGCCCACAACCAUUGUCGAUCAAUCACUGUGUUGAGCAGAGAUAUCACAUCAGCACUCCCCAGUGACCCUGCUUUUUGGGAAGAAGGCCACGGUGUCAGUGUCCACGAGUGUCUCUUUUGAGGGUUCAAACCUCCAGGUUUGGAGGUUUGGAGGUUUGGUGUUGGUCCUUUUCAUUCUUUUUCCAUUGAAACCUGGUUUUCUUCUUUCUUUGGUUCUCGUGACCCUUUUCCCUUUUUUUGGGUUGGGAGUGGCUUGUGCAGUCCCCUGGAACCGCC